AUAUAUAUAGAAAAACUGUUAUAAUGCAUUAAAGAGUACUAACUAAUGAAAGCCCAUAUCACAGGUAAAUCUACAGAAGACCUCGACUAUAAUCUCAAGAUCCAGGUCGCAGAGUCCUGACAGAAACUGAUACGAAGACAAACAUUUCAAGAAAAUUCACCAAAUUCGACUUUGAUUCUGUGCUAACAAUUAGAACAAGUAAGGGAAGCAAGAAGUUUAAGCCACAACGCUUUGAAGCUAAACCUAUUAAAACUGAAGUCGACUCAGAUUUGGAGACCUAUCAAAGAAUGGUUCUGGCCAAGAUGAAAGAAAAGAAUAUCCUCCCAAAACAACGUUCUCUAAGCAAUGCUACACCAUAACAAAAGAGCUAAGAUCGUUAUGCCUCUUUGGAUUCACAAAACAGAAUUAACAACAAAUAAACUCAGAAUGUGCAUCCUAAGAUUUUGUGGGAUAUGUCAGAAGAGGAAUGGCAAUAAUUUGGCGAUCGCUUUCCCCAACACUUUGAAAAGAAGAAGUUACUUGGAAGAGGCGGAUUUUCAUUAGUAUGGUUGGGAGAACACAAAAGAACCAAAGAAAAGUUUGCAAUCAAAUAAAUCCUUUCUACUAAUACUCACCAAUCUCACAUGAAGGAAAUUUGGUUUGGAAUUCAUUUCUUCCAAGACGGUCAGCCCAAAUAGCAAUUUACAAGUUUUCCUGGCUCUAAGAAUCUAGUACGUUUCCUCACCUAUGACAUAAAACCUCAAGACACUUGGAUAUUUUAGGAAAUAUGUGGAGAAAGUUUGGGCAAUCAACUCUAUGAUCUCAAAGGAAAAAAUAUUAAUAACGAACGCAUGUAUAAGUUGACUCAUAAACCUCUUUACAACACUUUUCGAAAAGAUUUGACUGAACUCAAAAAACUGAUAAGAGAACUAGCAUAGGCUCUUGAUCUCUUGUAAGAUCAAAGAAUCGUGCAUUCCGAUCUUAAGACCGAAAACAUUCUAGUUAAGAAAAUCAAGAAUGAGAACGAUCUACAUGAACUAACUUAAGUGAAAUUGAUUGAUUAUGGCAGUAGUUUUCCAUUUGAUGAUUUAAAAUAAUUUUCAAUGGCCACACCAGAAUACAUGUGUCCAGAAAUACUUAACUAUAUCUUAUAUGAGAAUCAAAUGAAUUACCGUCCUUGUUUGAUGAAGUAUUUAAGAAAUUACAAGAAACCUUGGGUGAUUGAUGUUUGGUCUCUUGGUUGUGUGGUACUUGAGAUAAUCUCAGGUAUUCCCCUCUGGAUGAGUCUUAAAACUAUAGUUACCAAAAAUGGAAAGGAAGUAAUUGAUUAUGGAUUAUUUGCUGUUAAGGGUAGAGUUUUUGAUAAAAUAAUUGAUCGUUAAAUGGAAGUUAUUUAAAAUUUAGAUAGUUAUAUUGAUAAAAAUUAUUCUGGAUUAAAGAUUGAUAACUAGACACGAUUUAUCUUGAAAGAAAUGUUAAAUUUGGAUCCAGAGAAAAGAUUAUCCCCGAAGCAAAUAGUCGAAUACUUAUCAACAAAAAAAGAACACCUUAUAACUCAAUGA